GCCCCGGCUCCCUUGCCGCGGCUCCCGCCUCCCCGCUGCAGCUCCCGCGCCCCGUUUCUCCGCGGCCCCCGCUCUCCGCCCCCUUCCCGCUCGCACUUCCCACGCCCCCUCUUCGUGUUCCUCUCCUCCCCUGGCCGCCCAGCCCAGGGCUCCAGCCGCUCUCCGGAGGAGGCGUGAAUCGCGCAGGAAUAUUGACUAAUUUGGGGUGGGGUGGGGGGACGGUGGGCGAUGGAGCAGCCCGAGGACAUGGCGUCGCUCAGCGAGUUCGACUCCUUGGCGGGCAGCAUCCCGGCUACCAAGGUGGAGAUCACCGUGUCGUGCAGGAACCUCUUGGACAAAGACAUGUUUUCCAAGUCUGACCCAUUGUGCGUCAUGUACACUCAAGGGAUGGAGAACAAGCAAUGGAGAGAGUUUGGACGCACCGAGGUCAUUGAUAACACGCUCAACCCAGACUUCGUGCGCAAGUUCAUUGUGGAUUACUUCUUUGAGGAGAAGCAGAACCUCCGUUUUGACCUAUACGAUGUGGACUCCAAGAGCCCGGAUUUAUCUAAACACGACUUCCUGGGCCAGGCCUUCUGUACCCUUGGAGAGAUCGUAGGGUCCUCUGGGAGCCGCCUGGAGAAGCCUCUCACGAUAGGAGCAUUCAGCCUCAACUCCCGGACAGGCAAACCUAUGCCAGCUGUGUCUAACGGAAGUGGUCUUUGGAUGGAAAGCCUCAGAUCCACUGGUCCGGAAGCUUCCGGUGGUGUCCCAGGGAAGAAAUGUGGCUCCAUCAUCCUGUCUGCAGAGGAGCUGAGCAACUGUAGGGAUGUGGCCACAAUGCAGUUCUGUGCCAACAAGUUGGACAAGAAAGAUUUCUUCGGGAAAUCCGACCCUUUCCUGGUGUUCUACAGGAGCAAUGAGGACGGAACGUUCACCAUCUGUCACAAGACCGAGGUCAUGAAGAACACCCUCAACCCGGUGUGGCAAACCUUCUCCAUCCCCGUGAGGGCUCUGUGUAAUGGAGACUAUGACAGGACUAUCAAGGUGGAGGUGUACGACUGGGAUCGAGAUGGCAGGUAAGGGUAGGGGGUGAGAGGUGUAAAGGAAGGUGAGUAAACAUAGGGAUCCAGGCCCAUCUGGGUACUCUGGGAAUGAGGGGCCAGGCUCCAUGCAGGAGGGUCUGCUAUCACGGAGGCUCAGCUCCAUGGAGGUCUUCCAGGACGGGAUGCCUGAGAUCCAUCCUUUCUCCCCACAUAGCUGCCAGGAGCCAGCCCAUGCCUGUGCUCUUGCCCUACAGAAUUGGGAAUGCUCUGAAGUGCAAGUCCUGUAGGACAUCGAGCAUUCAUGUACACUUUCUUUCUCUGUGUGGCUUGGCACUGGAGGAAGGCCAGGCUGUAGGGGAUGGGUUGAAUGCCCAGAGAUGCCCCACAGUCUAGCAGAGGCUCACUGGAAACACAGAGAAUAGACUUAGGUCUAAGAGAGUAACUGUAGGGACAGUGACAGCAGGGGUCCUGAGACUCAGGAAGGACAGGCAGUGCCUGAGGAGGGCUGGGUUUGGCCUUCAGGAGGGUGACUUCUGCUUGGGGACUGAGGGGUGAGUAUGGCUGGCACUUCCUGGACAGAACAAGAGCAUCUCUCUCAAAACAGGAAUCCAGAACUCUCACUGUCUGCCACUUGUCUGUUGUACCAACCAUGACCACCCUUCAGUAACAUCCCGGCAAGGAGGGACCACAGAAAGCCAGAUGAUAUGUCUGCGGUCAUGGUUGGCAUCUCCCAGAUCUGAUAUGAACUAGGGUGUUGUUCAUAUUAUAAAAGGUGCUGUGCCAGUGUAGAUGAGUCAGACCCAAGCCAUGGAAGAUUCUCCAGUGCCCCCCUUGCCUGUGUUAAUCCCAUCCCCAUCUUCCCUGUCCCUUCCAGAUGGCAGGGUCAGCUCCACCAUGCUUCCUUCCCUCCCAGCAACUCUCCAUAUACCUCCUUUACCUGGGAGUUAACUCUUCCCUGGCAAACUAGGGACAGCCACCAGGCGCCACAAGGUCCCACCAUCCCGUUCCCAUCCCCAGAAGUCCUAUAGCUAUGAAUCUGUUGUCAGCACAGUGUGGAGCUUGGGGUGUAGCUCAGUGGUAGAGCCAUUGCCUAGCAUUUGUAAGACCCUGGGUUCCAUCCUGUACAAAAACAAAUAAAUAAGCUCUCGGGGCUGGUGGAUGGCUCCAUGGGCAAA